AUGGCAGAUCAGGUGUUCAGAUCAAUAGCUGCCGAAGGAAAGCGUAUACCUACAUGGGAUGUGGAAACUAUUUUGACUAGGGCCGUUUACCGUGCUCUCAACAACAAUUGUCAGUUCACGCAUGUGUUGGAUAAUUCUCCUAUUAACGUCGAUAAGAGUGUUCCUUCCACUGAUGCACAACUGCAGCUGCGUUUAGUGGCGGAAAAAUUGUGCAAACGUGUUGAACGUCGCUACGAGAAGAAACUUCUUCAACAAAGAGAGCGAGACCGAGCUGAGACUGAUCGGAAGCUCAACGACAUCCGCAAUGAAUACUCUGAACAAGUGGAAGUGAGACGUAGAGAUCUGGAACGAGAAAGGAUACGGCUCGAGGAUGAAUUUGUAGAAAAGGAGCGAAGUCUUCGGCAAAAAAUUGAGCUGCAGUUGGCAGAAAAAGAAAGCGCACUAGAAAUUACUCGAAAAUCAUUGGAAACUCGUCUUGCCGAGCUCACCAUAACCAAAGAACAUUUGGACAGAAUCAAAUCUGAUUUUCAAGCAAAAUAUGCGUCCGAUAUUGAUACGCUCAACCGAGAAUGGGAGAGACUAAGUGGAAAAAAGAGUGAACUGCGAGCUGUUUUUCAGCGAGAAUUUGAGGUCGAGUUGCACCAGUUGAAGGAGGAGUUAUUGAAACUGGAGGAAGAAAACACUACGUUGAAAAAGAAGAUCAGCGAUAGCGGAACAGAGCUCUUUGAAAUGCGUUCAAAGUUGAGCAAACUCGCAGUACUAGAGAAAGAUUUGCAAAUCGCUAACGAAAGGUUGCGUAAAGAGAUGGAAGAAAAUCAUCAACUCUCUCGAUACAAGUAUGAGUCCGAGCGCCUGAGAGAAGAAAAUGCAUUAAUGAAAGAGGAAAUUGAGCAACUGAGAGCAUUUUUCCUUGAGCCGAAGACUAUGAAUAGUUUAUCAAAGCCUUCGGUAGAAGUAUACCAGUUGAAGAUUACUGAACUCAAAACUGUCAUACGGAUGAUGAGUGAAAAAAUCACAUCUUUGUCGUCUGAACGAGAUUAUCUUCGCGAAAUGCUUCGCUGUGCGCGCAAAGAUGUAUUCCGCGAUACUGUUAACAGAGGCAAAGAACAACAUAAUGGAGGAGUUUUCACUAGCGUGAGAUCUCGUAAGCUUCUUCGUGAUACAGACAGCAGUGAGGACACUUCUGUGUCUUCUUCUGCGUUGUCAGAAUGUGCUUCUGAUCUUCGACUUAUACAGGAACGUUUCUCAACUUUAGAAAACCUAGCAAAGACACUCGACACAACGGUUAACUGUGUUGCUGCUGCCCAUUCAUUGACUCAUGACCAACUUGGAGGUUCUCCUAUAUUAUCUCUUAGUGAAAAUUAUGAUGAUUUCUGUCGCUCUCUGAAAAACACUACUAACACCAGCUACAGCUCUCCGUUGAAGACAGCCACCAAGAAGAUUCAAAGGAACCAAAGUCUCACCCACCCACUCACUCCUCAUCUACAAAUGGAACAGGACCCAAAGGAUGAUGAAACACCGAGAGCGGAAGUUCCGAGCAGCUCACCCUACAAAGCAAUCACUACAAUACAUCAAGUACCGGUUCCAAAUGUAGAGGCUGAGAAAUCAACAACAAUAACACCUGUGCGUGUUGUAAAAGAAACUCCACCUGAUCUGCUCGACGCCAAUGUUGCUUUUACUGAGAAAUUGAAGGCCCGCAGUGAAGCUAGUCGGAAAUUAAAAUUCUCGUCGUUCCUUGAGGAAGAAGAACUACCUGUAUUACGACAAAACAUCCCUUCAUCUAACGUAGACAGUACAGAUACAAAAAAAUAUAUGGCUGUUGCGACCAAAGAUGGAGAGCAUAUCGGACAGAGAUCUUCACUCAAAGUAGAGGACCCUUCAGCUUCUGGAGAUGUCUUGUUUGAGAUAGAUGAGAUCUACGUUGAUAAGCCUUUGAACUCGGACGACGAAAUAGAGUGGUAG